UGGCUCCAAGCCCGGACACUGUGGACGGUUCAAAGCCGCUCCCAUGGCAACGAGCGCAGCGUCAGUUCUCGCCAUGGAGCCGGCAAAGUCGCAGCAUCGGCGACGCUGAUUGCGACAGGCAGCUCCCUGCCGCAGUAUCGGCUAUUGUGAUUGGUGGAGGAGCCACUGCUUCUGGUGUCCAUGGACCGAUGAAAACUAAACGGAGCUGCACAGAGGGAGCUGCGCCAGGGGAGAACAUGAGAAGCCGGAAUAUUUUUAACUGACUAAGUGAAGCGUCACAAUGCUUGAGCAGGAUAAAAAGAUUAAAGUUGCAGUAAAAACAUCAGACACCAAGCUCCAAAGAAAUGAAGACAAAGAACACACAGAUCUGAAGCGGCUACUUAAUCUCUUGAAUGUACCAGCAAGCAAGCAACAGUUGCCAGCUCUGAGUUUUGAUAAAGGCCGUGGAAUUCUAACUAAAUCACAACAACAGUCCAUUCAGGGAAAGCAAAAUGCUGGAAACCGAUGUGCGGAGCAGCAGCAGCAGCAGUCAACUGAGGCUGUGGAACUUGAAGCUUUUAGUGUAAAUUAUAAGAAUGAAAGAAAAUUUAGUUGUCAUCCCCACCACAAACUGUUUCUGGAAAUUUUCACUGCACUGGUGAAGCAGAGACUCACAUGCAGAGAAUGGGUAGAUCGAGUUCCACCUGCUAAUUUUCUCCGUGUGUUAAUUUGUCUACGCUUAAUAAUGAGGGAUCCAUUUUACCAGAAAAUUUUCAUUGAACUUGGAGGGGUUGAGAGCUUGGCACAGUACAUGGAAACUGUGGCACAAGGCUACCUUGGAUAUGGAGGUCAACAGUUUGUCAUUGACAGAUUAGUCUCUGUGACUUAUAUUUUUCAAAAACUGGCAGCUGUUGUGGAACAAAGAGAAAGGAUAAUAUCAAGUGGAGCAUACAAGACUCUAGUAAAGUUACUGGCUGCCAAGGACAAUAAUGUAUUGUUGGGUGCUCUUCUUGCUCUGACCAGCUUAGCGGAAAGUCCUGAGUGCAGAGUGAAGAUAGGGGAACUUACGAUUGUAGAAAACCUUUUGGCAAUUUUACAAGAAUAUGACUUGUUAUCCAAAAGAAUGACUGCUGAGCUGCUUCGUCUACUCUGUGCAGACUCUCAAGUGAGAGAACAGAUUAAGAUUUACGAAGGAAUUCCUAUUAUGCUCAGCCUGUUGCAUUCUGACCACCUCAAAUUGCUGUGGAGUGUUGUUUGGAUUUUGGUUCAGCUCUGUGAGGAUCCAGAUACCAGCACUGAGAUUCGUUUGUGGGGGGGCAUCCAGCAACUCCUGCACAUUCUCCAAGGAGACAGAAACUUUGUGUCAGAUCGUUCUUCAAUUGGAAGUUUGUCUAGUGCUAAUGCUUCAGGGAGAAUUCGGCAGCUUUAUUUGUCUGAAAAGCUGAGUACUCAUGAAAUUCAGGAAAAUACACUGUCAUUGCAAGAAGCAUGUUGUGCUGCUCUUACUGAGCUGGUGCUUAAUGAUACAAAUGCUCAACAGGUUGUACAGGGGAAUGGCAUUUAUGUGAUUGGGAAAUUAAUUCUACCAAACAAACAAAGAAAUGCACCAAAAGCAGAUAUUUUUCAGUGUUAUGCAUUUAGAGCUUUGCGUUUUCUCUUCAGCAUGGAAAGGAAUAGACAACUAUUUAAAAGAUUAUUUCCUUCAGAUAUGUUUGAGAUGUUCAUUGAUGUUGGACAUUAUGCACGUGAUAUAUGUGCAUAUGAGAACCUAGUAAAUAAGCUGAACUCUUUGCCUGCCAAUGAACUAAAUCAAAUCACUGAGAAUAUUGAAGGAAUUAACCAAAAUAAAGCUCCAACAAAAUUUAUUGGUAAUUAUGCAAUUUUAGAUUACCUUGGAAGUGGAGCAUUUGGGAAUGUUUUUAAGGUACGGAAAUACAGUGGGCAGAACCUGCUCGCUAUGAAAGAAGUUAAUUUACACAAUCCAGCCUUUGGAAAGGACAAAAAAGACCGUGACAGCAGUGUGGAAAUAAUUGUGUCUGAGUUAACAAUAAUUAGAGAACAGCUUCAUCAUCCAAAUGUAGUUAGAUAUUACAAGACUUUUGUGGAAAAUGACAGAUUGUAUAUAGUAAUGGAAUUGAUUGAAGGUGCACCCCUAGGUGAGCACUUUAAUUCCCUCAAGGAAAAGCAACAGAAGUUUACAGAAGAACGAAUAUGGAAUAUAUUUAUACAAAUAUGCCUUGCACUGCGUUAUUUGCACAAAGAAAAAAGAAUUGUUCACAGAGAUCUUACGCCCAACAAUAUCAUGCUGGGUGAGCAAGACAAGGUAACAUUAACUGAUUUUGGCCUUGCAAAACAGAAGCAAGAAAACAGUAAGAUGACUUCAGUUGUUGGGACUAUCUUAUAUUCUUGUCCUGAAGUUGUGAAGAGUGAACCAUAUGGAGAGAAGGCAGACAUUUGGGCUGCAGGAUGCAUACUAUAUCAAAUGGCAACUUUGAAUCCUCCCUUCUAUAGCAGUAACAUGCUCUCUUUGGCAACAAAGAUUGUUGAAGCAGCAUAUGAACCAAUACCAAAAGGACUCUACUCUCACAAAGUACACGAGACUAUCAAAAGAUGUUUGACUCCUGAUUCAGAAGCACGGCCAGAUGUGGUAGAAGUGAGUGCAUUGAUUUCAAAUAUCAUGAUGAUAUACAUGGAUAGCUUAUGCACGAUGCAGAUAACUAUGGAGAAGAAGCUUGAUCGGGAGAGACGGCGUACACAAAGGUAUUUCAUGGAAGCUAACAGAAAUGUCAUGACAUAUCACCAUCAGCUCUCCAUGAUAUCACAGGAGUAUUGUGAUAAGUCAUGCCUUGGAAGCAGUAGUGGAAUAGCAAGUGUGAAGAGCAAAUCAUCAGAAACAACUGACAACCCAGUGGAUGACUUGCAUAGAUUGCAUCUUAAAGAUGAUGAGAGACUGAACGAUGCAGUAUUGCUUGACAAUAUUAAUCCAUCAGAAAACGUAGAUAAAGAAUUGGAAGAUGAGUUGAACAUUUCAGAUCACUCAAACAACUCAAGUCCGAGCCCCAUAAAAGAUUCUACUUUGAGGCAUACUUCUCCCUCUAAUGUGUUUGGUCAGGGCAAAUUGCUGCAAUCACCAUCCAAAGCAGAAGCACUACACCUUAACAACAGUCUUCGGGCAUAUUCCUUUGAAACCUCUGGCUGUCUUGACAUAACAGCUACUUUACCAAGAAGUAUCAGUUAUAUUGGCAUAGAGAGCCAACAUGAGUCACAACAUGGAAGAGCGUCAAGGCAAUCAAAUACCAAACCAAGAUCAGAUCUCCUUCAACUAGGCUUACUUCUACCAUUACCUUCAAUGGGCAUCAGAGCUUGCUCGAAAAGAACAGGAAAUUCCAUAAGCUCAGGGUGGCAGUGUCAUAGUCUACCAGAUGUAGUGCUGCGAAGACUUAAGGAUCAUGCAUCUGCAGGAAUAGCAGUCUCUCAACGGAAAGUACGCCAAAUUAGUGACCCAAUUCAACAGAUUCUCAUCCAGUUGCACAAAAUCGUAUAUAUUACACAGCUUCCACCUACUUUACAUCACAACUUUCGAAAAAGUGUAAUUGAGAGGUUUAAGAAAUCAUUAUUCAGUCCACAGAGCAAUCCUUGCAACUUGAAAGCGGAACUGAAAAAGCUUCUUCAAGGGUCUCCAGAACUGAUUGAACUGAACUUCGUCACUGCGGACUGUAAUUUAAUGCGUCAGACAUCCAGGGAGAAUGCAGCAUUCCCUGGAGACAGAGCAGUGAACGUGUACAGUUACGAAUAUGAGGAAGGAAUAACUUACGAACAAAUGCAGAUGAUGAUUGAAGAAGUUCUUAUUGAAAGUGGUUAUUAUGACAUCCUAAACACAGUCAACGGAAAUCACACUUACCCGUGGAUAAUCAAGAAUCAUUUGACUGCACGGAGAUAGUCUACAUUUGAUUUUCAUAAUACAUUGGCGAGAGAAGUAGUAUAGAACUGCCGUCACACAGAAGUACGUGUUUAAAUUUGACAACUUUUGGAGGGACAUAGUAAACACACACACCAUAGCAAUCCUUGAAAUGCUUAAUGAUUAUUGGGAUAAAUCAUUAAUUGGGAAUGAUGAUUAAAUUAAUAUUAAGCAUAUUAAGGACCACCCCUGUCCAUUCUGUCCCCACAUCUGUUCAUGACAGAUUUUAGGAAGGAUUUAUUCUGUACACAUUGCUUCAAGUGCACUUAACUUUAUAUAUGUAUAUAACAGAGUGAAAAUUGAACGACUUAAGGUAUACAAUUCAGUCUAUACUGUAUUUUUUCUAUUUUUCUAUUUUUUCUAUGCUAUCCUGUGUUG